UUGUCUAGUAACUGUUCACUCUCAAUGUGGUCUGAGUUUGCAAAGUGCUUCAUACAAAAUAAUGCUGUUCUGGACAGCAAGUACUCGCCAUUUACUGGAAGUCAGCUGAAACUGUAUUUAUUGCAUGUUACUCAGAGGCAUCGCUGUCACGACAUCAACAAAUACAGAAGAAUAGGAAGAGGCGAGCGUGACAAUGAAUUUCACCACGGAUGCUACUGAAGGUGCAGCCGAACUACUCUUUGGCUGGCUCGAUUCUUGCUUUUUUAUACUGAUGCUGGUGCUGUCCACGGCGAUUGGUGUGUAUUUCGGUUUCUGGGGCAAGAAAGAAGACUCUCCUGAGGAGUACCUGCUUGCAGGGAAGUCAAUGAGCACUUUGCCAGUAGCCGUGUCUCUCGUGGCCAGCCUGGUGUCUGGCAUCACAGUCAUGGGAGAUCCGUCGGAGAUUUACACGUACGGAACACUGUACUGGUUAGCCUGUUUUUGUGCUCCACCUGUUGGAGUUCUGAACAACUACUUGUAUCUGCCUGUAUUCUACGAACUUCAGAUUACUUCUGUGUAUGAGUAUUUGCAACUUCGGUUCAACAGAAGUGUUCGAGUCAUGGCGUCAGUACUCUGUACGAUUGGAAUGCUUUUCUACAUCCCUAUAGUAAUGUAUGUUCCAGCACUAGCUCUGAGCCAAGUGAGUGGAUUGAAUAUACACUACAUCACCCCAAUUAUCUGCAUCAUUUGUAUCUUCUACACGAUGCUGGGUGGAAUAAAAGCUGUCAUAUGGACCGACUUCCUGCAAGGGGUGGUGAUGGUUGUGGCAAGUUUGGUUGUCAUCGUCCUGGGACUUAUCCAUGUGGGAGGCUUUAGUCCUGUCUGGGAGAAGAGUAUUGAGGGACAAAGGAUAAAAAUUUUCGAAAUGAGCCUCUCUCCAUUCGAGAGAAUGACAUUUUGGAGUGUUUUAGUGGGCGGAACAAGCGGUUGGCUGGGGAUGCUUUCAGUGAACCAAGGAAUGGUCCAGAAAUUUCUGUCCCUUCCUACAUAUUCUAAAGCACAGAAAUCAUUGGUGUUUCUUGUACUGGGAACUCUGCUAAUAAAGUGCAUUACUUGCUUCAUGGGACUCAUUAUUUAUGCCACAUAUUACGACUGUGAUCCCCUGGAAUCAAAGGCUAUCUCUCGGUCUGACCAGCUGCUCGCUUACUACGUGAUGGACAUCGCCUCUGCAAUUCCAGGCUUGCCUGGACUCUUCAUGGCAGGAAUCUUCAGUGCUUCUCUUAGCACCAUGUCCAGUACUCUCAAUUCCCUGGGCGCUACAUUAUUUGAAGACUUCGUUCGGCCAUGUUUAAACAUCAAAAUAUCAGAUAAAACUUCAAACAACAUAAUAAAAUUGCUUGUUAUAAUAAUAGGAGCAAUCUGUGUUGUCAUGGUGUUCUUUGUUGACAAAGUCGGCGGAAUUGUCCAGCUGGCGAUGAGUAUGAGUGGUGUUUCCUCAGGUGCAUCCUUCGGACUUUUCACAUUCGGAAUGUUCUACCCACGAGGAAAUUCUAAAGGCGCUCUGGUUGGAAGCGUCGUUUCGUUGCUGGGCAUGGGAUGGAUCGUAUUUGGAGCUCAAAUGGCUUAUUCUGACGGCACCAUUAAGUACCCCAAAUUGCCCACUUCAACAGAGGGCUGUGGCUUCAACAUAACAUUACCAGAACCCAUCGUGACUGAAGUUCCGCCGGAAGAGGCAUUUGUUUUGUUCCGGAUAACCUUUAUGUACUACACUCUGAUGGGCUUCGCCAUGAUGAUCAUUGUGGGCAUGAUUGUGGGCCUCUUCACAGAAUCUCCAAACGUUGAAGAACUGAACCCGACCCUCUUCAGUCCUGUUGUGAGGAAAUAUGUCUUGCGCAAGAAACAGAAAUAUGAAAUGAAAAUUAUUGAUGGAAAAAAAGUUUUAUAUAUGACUCCUUCUGAAUGAACUGACAUAUAUUUUAAAGGUGUAAAUAAUGGAUCGAAAAUUAUGAACUGCAGUUCUUUUCGACAUAUGUAGCUAUGCAACUGAAGAAGCCAAAGAAAAUCCUGUGUCUAGAAUGAACUGUGAUGGCUCCUCGCGAUGAGCUACCCGACGUUUCAGACGAUACGACAAUUUCCUACUGUUUGUGUUGCAGAAGCUGCUUCUGUGAAGUGCAAAACACUGAAGACUGUGGCUCCCGAUUAAUGUAUUGUGCUUCUUGCAUCAUGUGAUAAUUUGAAACAGUUGUAUUUACGAGAUAAACGUCUUAGGAUUCAAGAACAACGCUCCAACAGAUACCUUUUAAAUAAACCUUAUAAUAGUUCCUGCGUACAUUGAAUUUUAACA